AUGGCAGAUGUGAAACUGCAUGGAUUUUGGUAUAGUCCUUUUAGUUUUAGGGUAAUAUGGGCACUAAAUCUGAAAGGUAUACCAUAUGAGCACAUAGAAGAAGAUCGUUUCAAUAAGAGUCCUCAACUUCUUCAAUAUAAUCCAGUAUACAAAAAGACUCCAGUGCUAGUUCAUGAUGGAAAACCCAUAUGUGAGUCUAUGCUCAUUGUUGAGUACAUUGAUGAGAUAUGGCCACAUAACUCAUUGCUUCCUGCUGAUCCCUAUGACAAAGCUCAAGCUAGAUUUUGGGUCAAAUAUGUUGAUGAAAUGUUUUCAGGAAUUGCGGCACACUUUCGUAGCAGAAGUGAUGAAGAGCGAGAGAAGGCAAAAGAGAUUAUAUGGGAGCGGCUAGGAGUUGUUGAGGAUAAGUGUUUGGGAGAUGAGAAGAAAUUCAAUGGGGGAGACACCAUUAACAUUGUAGACAUAUCUCUUGGAUCUUUUGUCAAAUUUAUUGAAGUUCAGGAGGAUAUGUUUGAAGUGAAGAUCUUGCAAAGUGAGAGGUUCCCUCGUUUGAAAUUAUGGUUUACUAAUUUCAAGGAUGUUCCAAUCAUUAAAGAAAGCACCCCUGGUCAAGAGAAAUUGGUGGCUUUUUUAAAGCCUCUUAUUGAAAAAAUCAUGGCAAAGGAAAGGAUGGCUUCUUUGAAUUGA